UUCCCUUACUCUGGUUACUCUGGGUAGGAGAUCUUGGACUCUCCACCAGGAGCUACGGGCGCGGAGAUCAUCCACAUCUGGGCUGCCUUUCCGCAAAUGGCGGGCGCCGUUGUUCACGUUUGGAAGAGUCAGUACGGGAUUUGAAGGCUUACGCAGCUUCUCUAUUCGGCGCUAUCAGCGAAUUAGCCAUUACAAAUAGUAAUGGCCACCGGUCAGAGCAGAUACAGCGGACAUUGUGGGCUUACUAGACGACGGACCGUCCCGUCGAGUCGCGCAGCCCUGGCCUUGGCCGUGUCACAUGCGAGCUCUGCGAAAGCAUGUGAAGUUGGGCUGGAACUGGGGGUGACGAGCCUGCCCCGAAGGCUGCCGACUCUCGGGAAGUGUGGGAAACCUCGGCUAUACGGAGCUGGAGCUGUGUACUCUUCAGCUUUGCAGCUUUCCAGUUCAGGUCAGUCUCUGGCCUCCAAUCAGCGCAAUCAGAGCCGAGAUCAGCGACAGCGGCCGCAUGGCCCUACCAACUCUAGACUCUCCCAGGGUAGAAUCCGCAGGUCCUCACCUCAGCGCUUGUCUGCAGGCUUACAUCUGCUGCAAGAUCCACCAUUAUUAGGCGUCCAGUGUCUCAUCGACGCCUAAGCCCAGCCGCGCGGGUCCUGCGGUAGUGUGAUAAAUCUGUACAACCUCACUUGCCCGUAUGGUCUCAAGUAAUCCUUGUCUACUGCUUGUUUUUGGCCCCCAUACUGUGUCCUGCGUUGUCGGAAAAAUUCGGGGUCGCAAAACAAGAGCUUCUCAAAGUCUAGAGCCCACAGUGAUGACAG